CAAUGACAUAAGUCAGCCGUGUUACCCUUGAAUCACACGGAAUGCAGUGUAUAUAUUUUAUGAUGUACAGUUUUUGAAAAACUUGUGUGAAAAACUCUACAAUGAGUGUUGUACGAGAAUUGAGAGAAACAAUCCCCAAUAAAGGAUUAAUAAAGGGUGAUUCAAAAGUGAUACGGCCGGAAGACGUCUUGAAGCUUACAAAAAUUUCAGAUGCAUAUUUAUGCGAACCUGAUGCGAAUAUUUAUGAGAUUGAUUUCACUAGAUUCAAAAUACGAGAUUUAGAAAGUGGUGCAGUGCUUUUUGAGAUAGCAAAACCAGUUCAUGACAAUUUAAAGGACGGUGGAGAUAAAACUGACAAUGAUGAGAUAGUCGAUCAUAAUUCUGGCAGAUUUGUUAGAUACCAAUUUACUCCACAGUUCUUGAAAUUAAAAACUGUGGGCGCAACAGUUGAAUUUACUGUUGGUAGUAAGCCUGUUAAUGGAUUCAGGAUGAUAGAAAGGCACUUUUUUCGUGACAAGCUCUUGAAAACAUUUGAUUUCGAUUUUGGUUUCUGCUUACCAUUUUCAAGAAAUACCUGUGAGCACAUUUAUGAAUUUCCUGCAUUGCCAGCUCAAUUAGUGAAUGAAAUGACUGCGCAUCCCUUUGAAACGAGAUCAGACUCAUUCUAUUUUGUUGAUGACUGCCUGAUAAUGCACAAUAAGGCUGACUAUGCGUAUAAUGGUGGCACAGUCUGACUUCAUAUUGCAGGGUGUUGUCGAAUUCAAGAUGUAGGUGUUACCAAGCCUACACUUUAUCAAUUUUACAUUAUUUAGCUCAAGAGUGCUAUACUUCGUUAUAUGUUAUAUAAGCUCUCCCAACAAAAAAAUAUAUGAUUUUUGUAUGAAGGGCGUCUAGUCCCUAUAUUAAAGCAAGUAACUAUAAAUCACUUUAUUUGGCUAUUUUUUUUAAUUUGAGCACGUUCGAGCAAUCAGUAAGAAGUGUUAGAUAAACUCGUCCAAUGAAAAAAGGCAUCAAUCAUUGCUCGAAUCAUGGACCAAAUUUGAUACAGUAGAUUGAUGACCCGAGAUAGAUAAUUUUGGGAAAAAGGGAUGUGUUUGUCAAGAAUCAACAUGUCCCUUAAAUUGAUCUCUAAUGUUGUAGUUAGUAGAUACAUGAACCACUCUUUUCUGGAUAUGUCUGGUUUAGGUGAUAUUUAUGCAAAAGUAAACAUGUUGGCAAUAAUCCUGUUUUUAAUAAAAGUAUUUCAGUACGCAUCUAACUUAUGUAUGUUUCUUUAUAUUUGUAGCCUUUUGUCGGCUGUCUAGUACUGUGUAUCGUGC